AUGACCCUUGUGAGCUGUUUGUCUUAUCAUAGUGCCCUGCCCUCCAAUUUUGAUCGUGCGAGUCUUUGCACAGACGGUGGUGAAAUCAUCCCAACGCCGGAGUUUGUGGUGCAUUCCGGUUAUCCAAAAGAGGCUGCUGCAUACUGGCGAGCUACAUGUGAUAUGGAGCAUCCUCCACACAAAUCGCAGUUUCCCAAAAAGAAUCACAAAAAUAAAGAGACGACUGGUCCGAGUAUGAGUUGCUACCCGUUCCUUGGCGUUGUUCGAGAUUUCUGUUGUGUCAUGGACUCUGUAGAGUUUUGA